AAUCAUCAUCGCUACUCUUUCUCGACCACAACUUCUCUCCGCACGCUUCCUUGACCACCACACAACCACCAUGCGGAUCCGCUAUCCUUUCGCGGGCGCCUUCGUCUUCCUCUUGCUCUUGGCUGCCUAUAUCGGUCUCCUCCCCCACAGUGCAUCCUCGAGCGUCCCAUCGCAACUACAACCCAAUGACAAGUUUCUCCAUGUCGUGACGUUCUUUCUGCUAUCUCUUAUCUUCUACUGGAUUCCCGACACCACCCGCCGACGCACGCUACAAUUGACAUUAAUUGUCUGCACCGCCGUUCUAGGAAUUGGCUCCGAGAUUGUCCAAGGAAUCCUCCCCAAUGGUCGCUCGUUUGACCCGUUUGACCUCCUCGCCAACAUCGUGGGCAGUCUCGGCGCAGUCGGCUUGUGCAGCUGGUACCACCGGCGGAUGCUGGAAAGGCGGCGCAAAGCUCGCUUCGGAGCUCUUGGAGACGCCACAGAUGAUGUUGAGCUCGGCGUCGGCCCGGGCCAUGGUGAAACCGACCAUGAGCCGGAGGGGCUAGGACCCCAGGAAACAGGGGUCACUAAUCUGGAGCGCGAGGUCGACAAUUGGGAUGAGAAUGCCGUCGAUAACUGGGAUUCGGAUGACGGUGCGGGCGAGCCCUCCGGUUUGACCGAGGACGGCUCGAAACCUUCCGUUCCUGCCGUCAAUGGGGACAAGGGAGAGGGGAAGAAACGAAGUGACUAAUGCGAUCUACAUUGGGAUCUAAAUCUAAUCGUUAUGAAAUAUACCUCGUCGUUGUUGCAGGGAAGACCAACCUUCAUGCCAUGCCAUCUUUACCCAAUAUCACCAUAUCACUCCUCUAUCCCUCAUGACCGGUCUAUUGUACCAAUCUACUCGUCAUGUUUUACGCCCUCCUUCAAGCAAUACCACAGAUCGUGAUUGCUAUAUUGCUCAGCUUAUUUGAUGAUUCAUCUGCAGGAUAUCACACUCUUUACGAUCUUACUCUUGACUAUCUCAUUUUGUGGAUUUGCGGUCCAUCCUAGUACACUAAGGCUCGGCUUUCUGGCGUGUUCUUUUUAUCAGGAACUUCCGGCGUUGUAAAUAAGGUCAAAAGCUUUGCGCUUUCUAGCAUACGGAGCAGAAUAUCGCUGAAAGAAAAUCCUAUUAUC